AAAGUUGAAUAAUUCAAUGUUACCAAUCCAUCAUAGUAGACAAAGACUUUCAAGAGGACGGCACAAACACGCUGUGUCAACUUGAAGCCCGAAAAAAAUGUGGAAAUUUUCUUCCCGAUCUGUGCAGCUUCUAAGCUCCUCCAUCUGCCGCACCAAGCACACCCUCCCGGAGCUCCCCUACGAAUAUGCCGCCCUGGAACCCACAAUUUGCCGGGAAAUCAUGGAACUUCACCACCAAAAGCACCACGCCGGAUACGUCAACAAUUUAAACGCCGCCGAAGAACAACUCACAGAAGCCCUUGCCUCGAACCGCGUGACCGACGUGAUCAGGCUGAGCCCCGCCCUAAAAUUCAACGGCGGUGGUCACCUCAACCAUUCCCUCUUCUGGGAGAACCUAACCCCACUUUGUACGGCCCCCUCGAAGGCGCUGGAAGCCUCGUUGAAGCACAAUUUCUACUCGAUGGAGGACUUUAAGGCGUUGGUUCGCGGCGCGGCGUUGAACGUUCAGGGCUCCGGAUGGGUUUGGCUAGGGUGGGACAAGGACCGGAAGCUGCUGCGGAUUGCCGCGUGCGCGAAUCAAGACCCACUGGAGGCCACAACCGGGCUGAUGCCCCUGUUGGGGAUAGACGUGUGGGAACACGCGUACUAUUUGCAGUAUAAAAACGAUCGCGCGCAGUACUUUGAUGCCCUGUGGGAGAUUAUCAACUGGAAGGAGGUGUCGAAGCGGUACGAGAAACUGCGCUGUACGGUGAACAAGUGACUGGACAAAUUGUAUCGGAAAUUUAAAUUGGGCAACGGAAUUUAAAAUUCUUUUGUUUAUUUAUCAGCCUUAGCCGAUUGUGAAUAAAAUAUUUUUUUUAAAUAAAUUGAGAAAUUAUCCCAAAA